AUGGCGUCUCCCUUCACUAAAUCCGAUCUUCUGGAACUAGGGCGGAAACUCAUCGCGGACGGGCCAGUCAAGACGCUCAGAACACCAAAGCGCAUCCGAAUCCUCUUCAACGGGACCUACGUUGCCGAUACUACCUCAGCACUCUAUGUUUGGGAACAUCCCUUCUACCCCUACUACUAUGUGCCACUGUCGUCCUUCGUCCGGGGCGUGUUGCAUGACAAUCGGGACGAGGGACCCCUGAGCAUCAUGGGGUUGCACGUCGGGGGCAGGUCGACGGACCGCGUGCUGGCGUUCAGCGACCAGGGCGGCGGCCACGUCCCGGAGGAGCUGAGGGGCAUGGUCCGCGUCGAGUUCGCGGCCGCCGACGCCUGGUUCGAGGAGGACGAGCGCAUCUACGUGCACCCCAAGGACCCGUUCCGGCGCGUCGACAUCGUGCACUCGGCGCGGCCCGUCCGGGUCCUCGUCGACGGCGUCCAGGUCGCGCGCUCGUCGUCCUCGCUGCACCUCUACGAGACCGGGCUGCCGGUGCGGUACUACCUGCCGCCGACGUCUGUCGACCGGUCCGUGCUGAGGGACAGCCAGACGACGACACAAUGUCCUUACAAGGGAGUUGCGGAGUAUUACGAUAUCGUAUUGGGGAAGGACGGGGCUAGAGGGGAGGAGAAGGCACACAAAGACUUGGUAUGGUAUUAUCGAAACCCGACGCAUGAGAGUGCUCAGGUCGCCGGCGCACUGUGCUUCUACAAUGAGAAGGUCGACAUCGAGCUGGACGGCCACAUGCUAGAGAGGCCAAAGACCCAUUUUGCGUGA